AUGGUAAGAAGCCACGCACACGUGUGUGUGUUGCCGGGUAUCUCUUCAGUGUAAGAUCUGAACCUGUGGAGAACGCACCGUCUAUUGUUAAUAUCAAAACUAUUGUCACUAUCAGCAUCUUAAUCUGCAGUAUUGUCAUCAUCACUAGCAUCGGUAUUGUCAUUCCUUAAGUUAACAAGUGCCGUGUAUGACUAAGUGCCUGCUAAUAAACAAUAAACUAAGCAAUAUCUUGAUAUAUUAUCAGUGACCAAGUUAUUAAACAGCACAUGCUAGCGAAUCCAGUAUCAAGACCUUGUCAAAGACGUUUCGGGCGACACGCUCACACACACUCGUCCAUCGACAUCUAGGCUACAAUCGAUUGACCACGGCUAAUCGAACCGAGGGUUGUCUAAGGCCUCAGGCGAAUCUGUCCCUUAAGAAUAUUUAAAGGAAAGCAAGCUAGCACGUAGACCAGUCCCAACCCCAACCCUAACCCCAACCCCAACCCCAUCUCCGACCCCAAGCUCAUUCCCUUAAUUGAUUAGACUUUCGGGUUAAUUGUCGUGGAAUGCUCUUACCAAGUGACUGAGGGAUCGAAUGAGGAGUGAAGUGUACUGAGGGUGUGUGUUUCUGUUAAAAGCCUUUAAGGAAAGCUUGUUCGCUGACUAGGAAUCAGGACCUUAAAAUGACCAUCGUCACUUUACGUCUGUCCAUCUGGGGAUUCAGUGUAUGUGUUAACGUUAAACGUUUGUUUGUUUAAGUGAUCUGUGAUUGUACUGUGGUUGUGAUUAUAUUUUAUAUUUAUAUAUAAAUAUAUGAAAUAAUUGGAAUAAAAAAAAAUAAUAAUAAAAAAAGUAAUAAACGAUGAGAAGUGAUCAGUGGUUUACGUAAAUGGUUAACUUACGCAGAAUUGUUGACGCCAAGUCAUUGCUUACCAAUGACCCAUAGACCGCGAGCGUGGGUGGAAGCAGCCCGGAAUUGAAGGAUCCACAAUCCGACGCACAGCAUGAGACUCAAGUCGACGCUGAGGGAGUUCCGGUGGAGACGAUAAUCGAAUGCACGGGGGAAUCCGGUGUUUGCUGAAGGGAGAGAUAUCUAAUCGACUAAGGAUGUCCUCUAAGAGGAAAUCGCCACCAACGAAGCUAUCGGAGGGCGGGGGCGGUACGGGAACAGUGGCGGGUGGUGAGGACGAGGAGGACACAUCAGUUACGGGUUUGGGUGGUGAAGGAAGUGAGGGUGAAAUAGAUAACAUUAUCAAAGAGGAACCAAGCCUUAAUCACCAUCUGCAUCAUCACCAGCAUUUGCAGCAUCAUAAUCAUCAUAAUCAGCACAAUAAUAAUCAUAAUAUAACAGAAGACUGUGUGUACCCACAUCAGAGGGAUUGUGAAUCCUCUGGAUGUUCAUCUCCAACGUUAAGUGAACCGGAAUUUCAAGACUCGCCAUCUCCGUCACCAAAUUCACCACCACCAACAAAACGACAGCGUCUCUGUUUGACUACACAUCAUCAAGAGACUUAUCAUCAUCAUCAGCAUCAUUCAUCACCGCACCAGCAUUCAUCUCCAGGACAUCACCAUCACUCAUCACCGGGACACCAUCAUAGCACAAAUACGUUAUCAGUCUCAAGCUUGGAACCUGCUAGCUCAUCAGAGUGUGGCUCGCCUCCAACGCUGCUGAACGAUCAGUACUAUCAUCACAACCCAAACCAGCUUCUGCACAAUAACAACAACACGGUCACUCAUAAUAAUAACAAUACCAGCAAUAAUAACAACAACGGAACUGUUAACAAUUCAACCGGCCCUCCGGGUACCAAGAGGUCAAUGGAUGACGUGCUGAAAAGGCUCACUUGUAAAAUGAACAGUGGAUCCCUCUCGCUCCAGGACGAAGCCAGGAGGUCUCCGCCACCCUCAACCACUCCCACGAAUCACAAUACGCAUAGCAGCGGUUACAGUAGUAUAUCAAAUAGCGUAGCGGCAUCGCCACCUGCCAGCAGGAGGACACCUACGACAAUUAUUUCCAGCGGGUGUAGUAGUAGCAAUACUACUACCAACACCACGACGACGGCGAUAACGGAAGGAUACCAAGACGGCGCGUUAGCGCUGCAUCGCGUUUUAUGCGCGGAAUCAAAUGCUGAAAAAGAACGUCGGUUAGAUGAGAUGAUCAAGCAUUUACAGUUGAUACGUGAACAACUUUCACUUGGGCAAGAUCAAAAGGCGUAUGCAGGUCAGAUGGCGGUCGAUGCCAAGCAAAUGGAGAUGCAGCGCGUGCAGACAGAGCACCUGAAACGCCAGCAGGAACAAAUGAUCCAGCAUCAUCACAAUAAUCUUCAAGAAUUACAGGCGCAGAUAUCUAAAGGCCAAUUGAAUAUGCCGAGCACACAAUCGCUCAUGUUUCUGCCAUUUUUGGAGCAGCUUCGUGGUCUGCCUGUUUCUUCGUCGAUGCCUCCACCAACUUCGACUGCUACCACGGGAAAUAAACAUAUCAAUUCUAUUGCCAAUAUGAUAAGCGGGCAUCGUGAUACACAGAGCUGGGCAACGGCCCACUUGGCCCAGGUAUCAACUCAGAUGGAGAAGGAACGAUCGCCCACGCCAGUAUCAUCAGCAAUAGCACCAACCACUGCACCCUUACCAGAUCCUGACGCGCCUUUGAAUCUUACGAAGCCUAAGUCCUGUGCCAACACAUCACCAGGUCAUGAAGGUGCCAGCAGUAGCCAGGAACAACCACUCGCCGCAACCGCACCCAAGUUAUUUCCUCCUGGAUUACCCAUGCCGCGUAAUUACUUGCCCAAUCUUCCCUACGCUGGACUACCACCUCAUCUAGGUUCUAUGUCUUCCCCCAUCAUGGUGAAAGAUGAACCAGGUGGAUCAGCUUCAGCAGCCUCCAAUGCCACAGCAGUAGAAAAACACUUUGCUAUGCAUGGUAUCUACAGUCUACCAACCUCUGCUGGUUCAAUGGCAUCAUCACCUUCACCACAACGACCCAUCAAACAGUUUUCCCGAGAAGAUGCCAUGUCCGAUGAUCAAGACUUUCUAUCAACCUCUCACUUAUGGCGUGACCCAGGUUACAAAGUCCCAGAGGACAUCACGGAGAAGGCCAAGAUGGUCCGGCAGCAGAAGCGCGAGAACGAGAACAAGCCACAUAUCAAAAGGCCGAUGAAUGCUUUUAUGGUUUGGGCAAAAGAUGAACGACGGAAAAUUCUCAAGGCAUGUCCGGAUAUGCACAACUCAAACAUAUCAAAAAUACUAGGGGCAAGAUGGAAAGCCAUGUCCAAUUCGGAAAAGCAACCGUACUACGAGGAGCAGUCGCGGCUGUCGAAGCUUCACAUGGAAAAGCAUCCGGACUACAGGUACCGGCCUCGUCCCAAGCGGACUUGCAUCGUAGAUGGCAAGAAGAUGAGAAUCUCUGAGUACAAGUCACUGAUGCGGCAACGCAGGCAAGAGAUGCGACAGCUCUGGUGUCGCGAAGGGGGUCCAGAAAUGGGAUUCCUUUCACCAGUUGGUGAUAUGUCAGGACAUCAUCCAGCUGGACCAGGUCCUUCUGCUCGACCCUCAGCGUCUCCGCCAGCGAUGAUCAAUGGAGCGGGUCCUAGCCAGGAGCACUCGUCAUUCUACUAUCCCCAGGACAGUCUUUCUCCAGGAGACAUGAUGGACUUCUCGCCAGAUAACUCGGGGUCCAUAAGUGGCUACGAUGCCAGUCCCAGGCACCACGAUGAAGAUUGAACAGUAGCUCCGGGUCAGCCGAUAUGGCAACCCGGAGCAUCCAAACUAACACGUGAAUUAUUCUGGUAAUCAGUGUCGAUUAUUUAAAUCCAAGAAUAUAAACUGUGCCAUUGAACAAAAAUUAAUAAGUUAUCAUUUAAACUGCUGCUACCAAAGUAUUGCUCAUAUGCAAUUAAGGCAGUUUUUUUAGGAAAAUUUAUAAUCAAAACAAACUAUUAAAGACUAUAUCAAAGAUUUGUGGGUACAAAGUACUCUUUUUAAUAAAACUGUUUUACUGACAGUUACAUAAUUACUCUAUCGACUUUAUCGACUUGCGGUUACUGGCCGAGGUUAAAAUUUUGGAGUGACUUGGUAGUGAAGUGGCUGAUCAGUAGAUGGUAAGGUAGACUAAUCUCUUUUAUCGACAGUACAAUCAAAUAUUAGGCCAUAAUAUGCAAAGUUAUCGAUGGAAAUAUUGUUUAGUUUAAUUUUGGGGUCGAUAAAGCAGAUUUUUGGAGUUUGAAGUGAUUUGUGAUACAGAGUAGUCACUUUUGCAGACCCUCGGGACUCUUAAAAGAAAACGGUGAGCUUACGAAGUUUUUCGGUAGGUAAUGGAGGGAACAAGUCUUGUUUCGCGGCCGGUAAACAGAUAAGGAAACUCUUAGGCCUCUCAGAACUUCGGAAUCGUAGAUUUAAUCUCCAAAAGUCUUUCUAGAAGUCAUUUUGCCUCUCAAUUGACUUCAACACUUCUUCUGCGGCCGAUAAAACAGAUUCUAAGUCAACUGAACUUCAAAAAAUCGGAAAUUCGGGCUUCAGAAGUCUUCUCAGAGGCUUAUGGGUGUCAACUUCUUGACUCUAGAGUAUCAGCUUCGACCGGUAAAACAGAUUUUUUAACUUCCGUCUCUCGGAACCUCUUGACCGUCGACUUAACCAGCAAAAGUCUUCCGGGACGUCAAUUUACUCCUUCCAUUGACUUUUAAACCUAGUACGCGAUCGAUAAAACAGAUUCCGAUCUCAAUUACCUUCAAAACAACAAGCCUCAGCUCCAGAAAUCUACUAUACCGUCAACUCGGUCUACUUUAAAGCCUUUCGCGUUCGACGAAAAAAUUUCCAUGCCCACUUAGUUUAAGAAUCACAGACCCGAGCUCCAAAAAUCUUUACCUUCAACCGACUCAACAAAUAAGUUAUCGCGCCAAAUUACUGUCUGAUAAAGCAGAUUUUUCUACUCUCACCAUCUGAACUCUCUCAGCCGAACGACUUUACCAUCAAUAGCCAUCUUACCAACGGUCGAUACAACAGAAAAAUUUCCUACAGUCGAUAAAGUACAUAACCGAUAAAAAAAUCAUAUUCUUAAGACUCGAUCGUAUGAAAAUCUUUAAUUUUAUCCCUUCCCAAAUAAAGAAAAUCUAAAAGUCGCUUUAAUUAAGCAACGUAGUACUUAGCAAUUAUUUUAAUUACAAUUAUAAUUAAAAUAAAUAUUUUUUUUUCUAUUUAUUGAAUCUCGUUUUUAACACAAUAUAAAAUGGUGGCUUGGAGCAUGUGAUAAUUACUUAUGUGCCAAAUAAUUAACGAUGAUUAAUUAUCCUAUUGGCUCGAAAUUAUGAUAAAAUCAAUACGUCUCCUUAAAUACACCUUAUUAAUAAAUUAAUUAAUUAAUUAAAAUAAGUUUUUUUUUAACAGUCAGUGCAAUUUAUCGUACCUUGUAUAAAGCGAUUUUUUUUUAAUUAAAAAAAAAAUCUUAAUAAUUUUUAUAAUGAGCCAGUAUCCGAUCGUCGAUUUUAAAAAAACCGACCGGGGAUUGCUUAAUGUUGAUAUUUAUUUUAUGUAUAUAACGGAGUUAAUUAAAGUAAUUAAUAUAGAUAAUUAAUAAAAAUAAGUAAAUUAAUUAAUUAAUUAAUUGAACUAACAAGUUUUUUUUUAAUCGCCAUUUAUUAUUAUUGUACAGUGUAAUAUUAAUUGUGAUGGACUAUGUAUGUGUAGUUACUCAAUUUUAGAUAUUACUGUUGAAGAUUAACGUUUUUUUUAUUAUUAUUAUUAUUAUUAUUAUUAUUAAUUAAUUAAUUAUUAAAAAAAAAUAAAUAAAGUUAUGGGUCUUGUUGAUUUUUUUCCAUCUAUACGGACUGUAACUCGGAAUCUAUUGAUCUGAGGUAAAUUUUUACUGAAUACUUUUUUGUAGAAAAUUUAAUGAGCUACAAAAAAGUAUUGAAAUAAUUUUGCAAUAUUUCUGAUAGAGAACGAGAUAUAGCCGAUUUUAGAUAAAGAGAAAUUUUAGCAAUGAUUAGAAUCUUGUUAAUUUUUUUUUCCAUCUAUAAAGUCUGUAACUCGGAAUCUAUCAAUCUGAGGUAAAUUUUUGUGGAAUACUUUUUUGUGGAAAAUUUGAUGAGCUACAAAAAAGUAUUGAUAUAAUUUUGCGAUAUUUCUGAUAGGGAACGAGAUAUAGCCGAUUUUAGAUAGAAGGAAAUUUUAGCAAUGAUUGAAAUCUUGUUAAUUUUUUUUCCAUCUAUCGAGGCUGUAUCUCGGAAUCUAUCAAUCUAAGGUAAAUUUUUGUAAGAUGCUUUUUUGUAGAAAAUUUAAUGAGCUACAAAAAAGUAUUGAUGUAAUUUUGCGAUAUUUCUGAUAGGGAACGAGAUAUAGUCGAUUUUAGAUAAAAAGAAAAUUUUAGCAAUGAUUGAAAUCUUGUUAAUUUUUUUUUCCAUCUAUCGAGGCUGUAACUCGGAAUCUAUCAAUCUGAGGUAAAUUUUUGUUAGACACUUUUUUGUAGAAAAUUUAAUGAGCUACAAAAAAUUACUGAGAUAUUUUUGCAAUAUUUUUAAUAGAUAACGAGAUAUGGGGGUUUAUAGAUUGAAAAAAAUAUUUUGUCAAUUUUAAGACUUAUUAUUAUUAUUAUUAUUAUUAUUAUUAUUAUUAUUAUUAUUAUUAUUAUUAUUAUUAUUAUUAUUAUUAUUAUUAUUAUUAUUAUUUUUUAUAGUAAUUACAUAUAAGAAUUCUUUUUCGUUAAGUAAUUUUUCAUUUAAUUAUUAUUAUUAUUAUUAUUAUUAUUAUUAUUAUUAUUAUUAUUAAUUACAUUGUUUUAUUAUUAUUAUUAUUAUUAUUAUUAUUAUUAUUAUUAUUAUUAUUAUUAUAAUUAUUGUCUGUAAUGGUACUGAGGUAAAGGUUGUAUGUGCCAGUUAAAAUGACGAAUAAAAAAAAAAAAUUUUUUUUUAAAUUAAAAUAGAAAAUUUAUUUUUUUAUAAUAAUUAUUAUUUUUUUUUUCAAUAAUUUGUUAAUUAUUUAUAAGAAAUAGUGAGGGUACUAAAUAAUGACAGAUAAACAAUUUUCUAUGCCUGUACUCCGAAUUUUAAUACCAAGUUUUAUUUAAAUGAAGAUUUUGGAAAAACUAAUGGAAAUUGAAGAAAAUUCAUAAGGACCUUUUUUGUAGAAAAUUUAAAGAGUAACCAAAAAGGUCCUGAAGAUAUUUUACGUAGAAUACAUAUUUAAGCCAUAAAAGUUCAAUUAAAUGAAAGAAAAUUAAAAUAGAAAAUUUUCAUCCGUGACCUUGAAAGUUUGAAUUCAAAUUGCGGGUCAGGGAAUUGAGAUACGGAAAAAUUUUUAAGGACCUUUUCUUUAGAAAAUUUUAUUCCCUACAAAAAAGUAUUCUUAUGAUUUUCUCAAAAAAUCGAUAUUUCUUGAGAUUUGAGCCUGGUCAUUAUUUGGUACCGUCAAUUAAUCAACUAUUAAAUUAAAAUUGCGUAAAAUAAAAAUAGGCUUAAAAAUUUUAAAGGCAUAAAAAAAAAUCUGUAAUAAAUAAAAAAUAUUAAAUAAACUAAAAAAAUUAACUAGCGCAUUGUAAAUCACUAUAUAGCUGACUUAUGAUUAUAAAUAUAAUUAUUAUUAAUAAUAAUAACUAAUUAAGUGAAACAUUAACACCCAAAUAUUCCAAUUCACUUACAUAGACAUUAAAAAUAAUGAGCACGCGGUCCGAUCGAUAACGCGCUGCACUUAUAAAUAAAAUUUAAAAAAAUAUAAAAUAGUGUAAUGCUUUUCUGAUAUUCAGAUCUAGUUUAGACUAAAAAUAUUUAAAAAUCUUAAAUUUUAAUUAUAAUUAUAAUUAUAAAUCCGAGUGAGUUGAAAAUGUACAUAGUCAUAUUGUAUGAAUUUAUGAAUUUAUGAAUGAAUAUUUGAAGAUUUUUUAUUUCAAUACAAUUACACACUUAAAAAAAAAAUUCAAUUUCAAUGAAAAAUGUAAAAAAAAAAGAUUUUGUAAACUUUUCUUUUUUUUUUCUAAUUGCGAUGGUAACGUAGGCUUGGUUACGAUCAUAGCAACACUUCCCGUAGCCUAGUAACGCUCCCUACUCCUUCAAGUAAUCAUAGCAACGCUCCCUACUUUACAACUGAGCCAUAGCAACGCUUCCUACUCCGCUAUUUACCGUAGAAACCCUCCCCACUCCUUAAUGUCAUCAUAGCAACGCUCUCUAUUCUACUACUGAGCCAUAGCAACGCUUUCUUCCCCACUAUUUACCUUAAUAACGCUCCCCACUCCUCAAUGUCACCAUAGCAACGCUCCCUACUCUACAACUGAGCCAUAGCAACGCUUCCUACUCCGCUAUUUACCGUAGAAACGCUCCCCACUCCUUAGUCACCAUAGCAACGCUCCCUACUCUACUACUGAGCCAUAGCAACGAUUCCUACACCACUACUGAGCCUUAGCAACGCUCCCCACUUCUUAAAGUCACCAUAGCAACGCUCCCUACUCUA